GUUUAGUCUCAACUAUGUGGGCUGCGGAGCACGCUUCGUUCCAAUAGGCCAGUGGCAGAUGCGGGUCUUGCGUGACGACCAGGUGCAAUCACGCUACGCCCAUCUUUAGAUCUAACAUGCCUAAUCAAGAGACUCUACAAGCAUACGCACAUAUUGAGGCAGCAUGCAUCGACGGACACAUGCGACACUGACCCCCGCGGGGAACGGAUCGUCGCGUGCCAAAGCUCCGGUACCUCGCCCGAUCCACCUCGGUGCGGGAUGACGCUUCCUCGACCUUACAGUGCCCAUUUCCACGACUGAACCUGUACGGGAUCACAGCAACAUUUCACACAGCAUCCAGCGACCGACCUCGUAAACCCACAGAUCGAGAAAGAGAAAGAAACUAUGGCCGACAUCGCCGGCCCGCGUAAACGCACCUCCGAACGCGACGCCCUCCCACCACGAACCCACAGCGGCGCCUCUGAAACCUCGCCCAUAGUAACGAGUUCGCAAUCCCACACCAAAGACUACAACUCCAUAUCACCCGAUAUCCGUGCACGCGACCAUUUCACCUCCGCCAGCACCAGCCACACCAAACCCGCGAACCCAACCCAAGACCCCAACGGCGCGUCCUCCAUACCGCAAGGCCCCUCCGCCACAGAUUCCGGCGCGCCACAAGAAGGCACAGCAGGGACGUUGCAACCGGCUGUCGACCAAAGACGACUAAACGGCCAUGCGAGCGUAGACCACCGCGCGAGGAGUGCAGAGCGAGAAGCGGCAGCGGUGGAACAACGCGAGAAAGGGUGGUGGGGCGCGUUUUGGGAAAAGUACGGGAGUGUCGAGUUGGAUAACAAGGGGAGUGUUGCUAGGGACCAUUUGGCGCUGGAACGAACGUUCCUCGCCUGGCUCCGCACAUCCCUCUCCUUUGCCUCGAUCGGCAUAGCGAUAACGCAACUCUUCCGGCUGAACACUUCGAUAGCGAAUUCCCCGGAUUCAUCUUCUACUACCUCUCCGCAGGCGAAACUGCGGCAUUUGGGGAAACCGCUUGGCGCGACGUUCAUUGGUAUCGCGAUUCUCAUGCUCUUGAUAGGGUUUCAUCGGUACUUUGAGGCGCAGCAUUACGUUAUACGGGGCAAGUUCCCUGCGUCGAGAGGCAGCAUCAUCAUCGUUAGCGCCAUAGCAGGCGCGUUGAUAGCCAGUUCACUCAUCAUCAUAGUGGUUACGGCGCCAGGGGCAUUUGAGACUUGAAGAGAAGACUUAGUUUACUUUGCUAAGCUUGGGUAUCUUUGAUUCAUUUCCAUCGUACGUGAUUCUUUUAUCUUUUCGUGGAGGUCAACGGCUGCGUUGCCCCUGCCAUAUGCUCGCUAUCGCUCAGAAGCCUUGUUUCCCCAACAUGUAGUCCAUAGUCUACGUUCUAGGCGCCUCCCAUCUCCGCCGUUGUCUUGCCCGCUCGCGACGACUUGAUGACACCCUGAAUCA